AUGAUCAAGCCACUCUUGGUAACUAUACUAUUCGUAACUUAUACCCUUCCUAUUAGGAUAUGUCGGUAUGGAUUUCUUUCACCUACUACCUUGUACGAUAAACCGGAUUACUGUAAUCCACCAACCGCAGCCAUGCCACAAAAAGUUGGAAAGGCGUCUAUUAUCUCACUACUGAACUUCAAAUGUUACCUCAAUAACAAGGAUUUUGACAAAGUAGCACGAAAUAUCCAGCAAAUCGUUGUACCGUCGAAUAUCAAAUUGCUAAUAUCACCACCAAAUAUCUAUCUACACAAAUUUACCAAAUCAUUAGCAGAUAGUAACAAAUAUGAAUUAUGCGCACAGAAUUUAAGCACAAUACAAGGAUUUGGUGCGUUUACAGGCGAAGUCACUGCUGAAAUGUUGAAAGAUGUGGGCGUCAAUUGGUGCUUGGUUGGCCACCCAGAAUUUGAUUUGACUAGAGAUAAACAAGGCCAUAGCGAAUAUACUGAAAAUGCCCAAAAAAUGAUAAAUGCACUAGAAGCCAGCAUCACACCCAUUCUAAUACUUUCCGGAAGCGAAUCCACUCUGCGAAAUCACUCAAACAUUAUUGAAAAAUCCCUUUCUACGCUCGAAAACCCUCGCAACUGUACACGUACGGAUCCAUCAGACGUUGAAAUACACUACGAAUCAACUAAUUGUAACGGCUAUGAAAACUUCAACGUAGAAAGCGAAGUGAAUACGCUGAUUGAAAAAAUAGACAAAUACUUUGCCAUGCUACGCGAAUAUUACCCGUCAAAGGAGUUACACAUAAAUGUGGCCUAUGAGCCAAGGAAGAGCAUAGGCAGUGGAAUUCCCAUGAACCCUGAAAUUGUACAGCACAUAAUCCAGCGAUUACACUUUUGGUGUGCAAAUAUUAGCCCGCACAAUGUGGCAAUUAGUGUGUUGUAUGGUGGCUCCUUAAGUGUUAAAACUGCCAAGGAAUAUGUGAGUGCUGGAUGCGCUGGGCUAUUGUUUGGGAAAUGCAGUGUUACAGCAGAUAUACAGACACUGAUAGAUAGUCUUAAUUAG